UGAUUCACGAACUCUUCCGCUAGAACAAAAUGAACAAUUUAAUUGUUACACUGAAACACCUGUAGAUUUUUUUACAUCCAAAGGUAACACAAUGGGCUAGAACAAUCGCCAUCAGUCUAUCGUUAUCGCGAAGUUUGAAAACAAUUUGCGAAACAAGAGCAGGUUUUCCAAAAUUCUUUAGACGCCGAAGCGGUGACACGGGGCUAGGAUGUAUCGUGGAAGGAUUGUUCUUUCAUUCGUUACAUUUAUCUUUCAUUUAGUAUCAUGUGAUUGGGCCGCCGAAUGGAUGGCUCCGGUGCAAGACCAACUUAAAGAAAAUCCAUCUCGAAGGAUCAACGACUAUGGAGGAGUCUUAUUCGACGAUGAAACUUUACACAUGGUACAGGUAGAAGAAUCGACCGAGCAUUUGCAGAGUCAAAUGAUGAAAAAAUAUGUCACUUCGAAUCCAACAAACACAGAGUUAACUACGUCCAGUCUGAAAAUCAAACUGGAGAACACACUGAUGAAUGCCAGAAAGUUGGCAGACACGCUGAAAGCGCAAAUCAAAGAAGUCUCUGAGCGGGAGGAAAUGCUGAAGGAUGCUAUAGUUAACGGCAGAUCUGGGGUGUCAAGCGUCGUGGUGUCCACAUUGGACCGGGCGCCACGCGCGUACGUCAUCCAGGACGGAGUGUGGACCUUCUGCCGGGGCUCGGUGCGCCCGCAGCGGUCUGCCAUGGCCUUCGAGGACUUCUCUUCUGUCCCCAAGUGCUUCGGACAAGAGAUGUCAGCGCAACAAGACCCUUGCGUCUUCAACUCCAUCAUUAAGUACGAGACAAUGCCGACUGUGCGCCGGCUCGAGUACUCCGAAGACGACUUCCUUUGUCUGAAGAAGACCUUCAACAACACCCUCGAGAGGUACCUGAGCGUGCCGAGGCAAAUCAUCAACAAAACCUGCCAAAAUGGAACGGUCAGAAGUCUAGAAGAAAACACUGAGAAGUGCGGCCUAAGAGUGAUGUCCGAGUACACAUAUUACCCGUCGAGAAAUUCGCCUUUACGACUGCCUUUGGAGUACUGCGCCGAACCCGACGGCUCAUGCAAGCUGAUCAUGGCCUGGCACGUCUCUAACUCUACCAUAGAAAACUUCGAAUUCCUCAAAAAUGAACAAGGAUUUAAAAAAUAUUUUAUUAAGUCUGGAAGUUACGUAGAACACGUAAUGUAGACCAAUUGUUUUUAGUGUGUUAUU